AUGGAAUCUCCAGUCCUCCGUCGGUACGAGAUCGAGGAACUAUUGCUUCUCCGAGAUUCACCCUUAGUCCAGAAACCUGCUGGUCUUCCUCCAAUUGAAGAAUGGAUGGGGUGA